AUGGAUUCAGUCAAAUACAAAGUCUAUGCCAUCACAGGACUAGGGGGCAUCGGUCUCGCCGUUGCAAAACAACUCCACGCCCUUGGCGCAUAUCUCGCUCUAGCUGAUAUAUCAAAAUCAACACUCGACGCCGCUGAGAUUGCUCUCUCCACAUGCAACCGGAUUUCCCCAAUCCUCGGCCCAAAUGUCACGACCACUGUCCUUGAUAUCAGCUGUGCACACGAUGUGAGAGAUUGGAUCACUAAAACAGUGAAGCGCUUUGGACGACUUGACGGUGCAGCGAACAUGGCCGGUAUGAUCGGCGAAAAUGACGGUACUGGUGGAUUCGCGGGUAUGGGAAUUAGCAAAUGGGAUAGGAUAUUGGAGGUUAACCUGACAGGUUUGAUGUACUGCUUGAAAGCAGAAUUAAAUGCCAUUAUGGAAAAUACUCCUGAUGGAAAGGGAAGUAUUGUUAAUGCGGCAGGCAUCCAGGGUGUGCGUGGGCAUCAAUUAAAUGCGGCUCAUUACACGACCAAAUAUGGCGUUAUGGGGUUGACGAAGUCUGUUGCGGAAGAGGUUGGGCCUAAGAUUCGCGUCAAUGCUGUUGCUCCUGGCUCGAUUCAUUCUCCACUAUUUGAUCGGGCUGCGUUCAUCCAUGGUCGAACUGGAGUCCCGUCCAGGGCUUUUCCCCGCCUUGGAACUCCAGAGGAAGUGGCUCAGACUGUGGUGUUUCUAUUGAGUGAUGCAUCAUCCUACACCACUGGCCAGGUGUACAACGUCGAUGGAGGUUAG